AUGUCCGCCGCCUCAUCAGCUCUCACACUCCGCCUCCCCUUCGCUUCCUCAAUCACCGCUACUACCACCACCACCAAGCUCAUUUAUCCGAUAUGCAGCUCGCGUCGGUCUAUAAGCAGUUUGAGGCUUGUGGGUUGUGCCCGUGCGGCCAUUUCUAGCGAAGCGCAAGGUGCAUUUGAUCCUGAACUCCGUUUAGUACUUGAACUUGCCACUGAUUCUGAGUUAUACGAGAUUGAAAGAAUCCUUUUUGGCCCGAGCUACUUCAGCCCUUUGCUGAAAUCCAUAAUGAGCAGAACCAAUGUCGACUAUGCAAUGAUUGAGGAGGAUCUUGAGGAGCGAGAUCAGUUUUUAUCAGCAUUAGAGUCGCGAUUCUUGUUCCUCGCAGCUGAUGCUCGGUCCACAAUAAGGGGUUGGAGGCCAUCAUAUAGGAAUGUCUUGCUUGCAGUUAGAAAAGAGUUGAAUAUUCCUUGCUCGAGCAAAUUAUCAACUGAAGACCUUGAAGCAGAGAUUUUCCUUCAUCUGUUGCGUGACUACUCAAGUGAAGAAUCAGGAAGUUUUGAGGAUUUGCUAGAAUUCUCUGAGCCAUCAGAUGGUCAAAACAGUCUUGAACUUGGACUCAGUCAAUGGAAGGUGCAGGCCCUCACUGCCCUAAAAGUUGGGGCAGCAGAACUCCGAUCAAUGUUUUUAAAGGGUGGUGGUAUCCUUACUCUGGCAAAGAUCUAUCAAUUGUUAGCUAGGAAGUUAUCGGGGAAAGUGUUCUUAGAAGCUGCCAACUAUCAACUGAAAAGGGAUUUUGUUAGAAAGGGUGGACAAUUAGCAGCUAUUAAUCUAGAAUCCAGAGUGGCCUUGCUAGCUGCAAAACAAGGUUUUGCGGGGGCUACAUCAAGAUAUCUUGGCUUGAGAAGCAUGAUGGCUUUACUUGGCCCAGUGCUUUGGGGAACAUUUCUGGCGGAUGUUGUCAUUCAAAUGCUAGGAACUGAUUAUGCAAGAAUAUUGCGAGCAAUUUAUGCCUUUGCACAGAUACGUAUCACUCGCACUUAUGGGUCACCGGUUGAUGACUGAAAACUUUGCAUUUUAAUGUCGACAAUCAGUAGUUUCAGAGCUUCAAACAAGCAGCGUUCAGAUUUAAGUUUAUUCUGGAAGGUCAGCAUUUUAACAAGGUGUGCUGUCAAAAGUAGAUACACUGUACAUAUUAUUUCCCAGUUAAACCACAUCUCUGCUUCUAUCAGUUGAUAGUUUUUGCACAUGUAACUAGUGACGGUAAGAGCUGAAAACGCUUAUCCGCUUUGUUGGGCGAAAUUACUUAAAGUGUCUUAAAUAUAAAUCCAAUUUUAAGUU